CACACCUCGAUUAAAUCGACAGCCCGUACAAGCGCGUGGCGUCGCUGAAGAAGCGAACGGCGCCGCGGCGUCAGCGCGAGCACGCACACAAGUGGCGAGGUGCUCACUUGGCGGCUCAAGCUGCUACCGCGAGUGCGGAGCAACUGCCCUCGCACGCCCCCCUGGAAAAAGAACAAGACUCUCUCUCCCCUCAAGCACUUUCUCCCAUCGCCGUCACCUCCUCUACGUCGGGGCAGCGCACCUUUUCUUCUGGGCUCGCACAGCUGGGCUGGCAGCGACUCAGAACUGCCGCCGCACACGCCGGGAGCAGUCAGCGGGUACAGCGCAAAGGGGAGCGGCCGCCGCCGGUGAGGGAGUGAGAGAGAGAGGAUCAGCUAAAAAUAAUGACCGCGUGGGACCGGGUCCGGACCCCCGGUUCGCACCCUCCUCGCGCCACCCGAGGACCAGAGAGGCCCGAACCGACGACGGAGACGGCAUCACCAGCAGCGGCCGCAGCGCCGCACGGGCGCCGGUACCCAUGCGACCACCGAUGACGCUCGGCCCUGAGGAACCGCUGUCCAGGACCUUCCGGAAUGCCUCGUCGCCGGAGGUCCCCGGCUGUGGCACGUGAAGUGAGGUGCGCCCGUGGAUGAUCUGUCGCGUGUCCAUGUUGUCCGCGAUACAGUUAAUGAGACUUGAAGCUUGAAGACGUUGUCGACACCGGUGCUGCCAGAACAGCCUUAGACGUCCCAAUUGGAUUACUCGCUCGUCGCGCCGAUCUUGUAACGCAUGCGCGUUGUGAUACCUCACAGCUUGUGUUUAUUCGAGACACUUUCUCUUGCCCCAUUCCUCAGGAUAUUCGGUGCCCAUUUCGAUGAAGGCCUUCUGCAAGCGUCACGGUGAAAAAUUGUGAAACUGUCGAUAUCUUUCAUCUAAGUGCCAUAGGUCGAUUAUCCUCUCCCGCCCAGCAGAUCCUUUGCUUUUUGCGGCGCUCGCGGCAAUCGCGUUUGGAUUCACCAAUAGACGACUUGAAGCUGUUUUCGGCUGUCGUUGUACUGGAUGCAGGCUUCGCGCCGACGCUUCUCGUCAUCGGGCGUUAAGUUUCGUUUUCAGUGCCUGCUACUUCCAGGCAAUCAGUACGGAGUGAUGUACUACAGUGCUGAUGCAAGAUUCCUGGACUGAUUUCUCAGAAAACCUGUCUCAUCUGUCGGCAUUCGCGUCGAAAGAUUCUCGCCCACGUAAGCCGAAGAACGGCAGGAAGAGCCGAAUACACUUGUGCGAUACAAAUAUGUGUAACAAAACAAAGAAACGCGUUCUGGAAUUAAGCAUGAAGAAGUUAGAACAGGUGUAGUGUUUGCAAAGUACGACGGACGCCAUCGCCGCGGCGGUUCGCCUUCAGCUCCCGGCGACACCGUACUCGCGCAGGACUUGGAUCUUCCGCACGGCUUGAUGUGAUGAUCGAUUAAGCUACCCGCAAACAUUUCGUGCUUUCAGUUAUAGUGUGCUGGUUCCGGGAUUUGCGAUUCUCGCGUGUCGAGUCGUUUAAAGCCUCCGGCGUCCAACGCGAAAGAGGUUCCAAGUUCGUUCUUGAGGUCCGGCAGUUGCAAUAGAUCGUCCAGGAGCGGCUAUCUUGUGACGUCUUCAAAACAAGGGGGGCGUGUGUCCCAUUUCCGUCGAUGUGGCUUUCAAAGCGGCGCUAGAUGAACUAUACCUGCACGCUCUUCGUUAAGAACAAGUAGGUCGACGACCCUUCGUCGGAAGUAGACGGGAUUCACCGCAGCGAAGCCAACGUCAGCAGACUACUGGCAUCGCACGACCUACAAUGAGUUCUGGGUACGGACCAGUGACCAGAGUCGCCCAGACUUCGAUGACGCCUCGGCGCUCCUGCAACAAGCUCCGGUGCGCAGCCUGCAAAGAGAGCAGCUGUUGCUCGGAGCAAAUGUGAGCUGCAGCUGCAGCAGCGUGCAGCUUAUAGCUGAUCGAGCUAUUGCUUGGAGACCGCGUUUCGUGGCCCUGAGUGGGCGAACACAGCUGUGUGAUCGCUGUGUAAGGGAGUUUUUAGAACGUCGCCGAGUGCAGACAGAAACAGAUUUGUACAUACGAGUAGGAAGUCCGACUCCUGCACGAAACAACGCUAGGGCGCACGGACUUUCGUCUUCAACGUGAGAAGCAGCGCCUGACGUCAGAGAGGGGUGUGUGUGUGUGUGUGUGCGUGUCUGUGGUUCGCGCUCGCUCCUGAGAGUGUGUGGUUUCGCGGCGGCGUGUCUUUUAUCUUUGUGCUCACGGUUUAGUGACGUGUCUGCUGACGGCGACGGCGAAUCCUGGUGACGCGAAGAGUGAAAUAUUCGUCGGACGCGAGGAAGAAAGAAUACGGUAAGAAAAGAAGGCGCGACAGACAGACUUGAGAAGCGGACGAGUCGGACCCAGCCUGCCAGUUGCGUGGGCAAUUUGUGUACGGAAGCCAAGUUGUCGGUGGUGUCUAUCAAGCAGCACCUUGUAUGUGUAUACCGAACCCCUGAAGGCCGGGAAGGAUUACGCUAUGUGGCCGUAGUUUCGUCUGCGGCGUCGGCGACCUAGCCGGAUUCCAGUGCGCUUCGCCCUCGUAUCAACUACCUGCAUCAACUACCUGGCCGUUUCGCCGAAUCUGCGUCCCCCUACCGGAAGCAAUCAUGAUUCCCAGAACGGCGGUGACGAUGAGCAAGCGCGAGGUGCUCGCCCUGCUGGUGGUGUUCAUCGUGUACGUGGUCAUCGGAGGCGCCGUCUUCAUGGCCGUCGAGGGUCCACGGGAAGAGGAACUGCGCAGCGAGAUCGCGCAGCUAAGGCACGAGUUCCAUGAGAGGCUGGCGUCGCUGAACCUGAGCGAGCUGAACAGCUCGGACAUCAAGGCGAUCGUGGCGCGGCUGGCGGACGCACGCAGCAAGAAUCUCAUGGACGAGCACGGACAGGACACGCACACCAACUGGAACUUCUACAACUCCUUCUUCUUCGCCAUCACCGUCGUCACGACCAUCGGCUACGGUCACCUGGCCCCGUCGACGGCUUGGGGCCGCGUCUUCUGCGUGCUGUACGCCGUGGUGGGCGUUCCCAUGACGGGCAUCCUGCUGGCGGGAAUCGGGGACCACUUCGCCCGGGGCAUGGUGCGGGGCCUCAAGAGGGCCCGGGGACACCGGGCGCCCCGUCUCGCUCUCGCCGCCAACCUCUGCACAUUCCUGCUGCCCUGGCUGCUCGUGUUCCUGCUCCUUCCGGCCGCCGUGUUUAUGUUCACCGAGGACUGGUCCUACCUGGAGGGACUCUACUACUGCUUCAUCACGCUCGCCACCAUAGGUUUCGGCGACUACGUGGCCGGCAACUUCGACGGGGACUACAUCUGGAUCUACAAGACGGGCGUGGUGCUGUGGAUCAUCUUCGGCCUGGGCUACCUGGCCAUGAUUCUCAACUACAUAUCGCGCGCCAUGCGUUGCAAGCAGAUCCGGCGAGUGGAGGACCGGCUGUCGGCCAGCUUCCACAGCACGCAGCACAAGUUCGGCCAGCGCCUGGACGAGAUACACAGGCUGCUGCAGGAGUUCGCCUCCAAGCAGAAGAGCCACCGCAAGUCCAUCUGGCGGGGCAAGUCCGGCGACAAGCGUCUCACGGACAGCGGCGGCGGAGGCGCCGACGACGACGCCAGCGCCGACAGCCUGUGCGGCGGCUCGGACAAGAACCACAACACGCGCGAGGACCAGAUCCAGAGGCUGCUCACGCUCGUCGAGACGCUCAAGGAGGAGAGCACGCAGAACCUGUGCCGCACGCGACAGCUCAUCGAGACGCACAACCUGCGGCUGCAGCUCGAGGCGCCGUACCACCUGCGCGAGGAACUGCUGCCUCCGCGGGCCGAAGGGGGCCUGCCCAGGGGAGAGGCGGCGCCUUCCAGGAGACACAGCUUGCCCGUGUUGCACACCGACGGGGGACUCCUGGGAAACGGGGCCGGUGGGGCCACGGCCGGUGGCUUCCUCGCCGUCCCCAAGGACUACCUUCGCGUGAAGAAUUCCGGGGGCCACAAGAACCGCAGUCACUUGGAGUUCCCCACAAACUUCUUCGCGCCGCGUGCUUCGAUACCACUCUGCAACGGCCGCCUUUCGCACAGAGACUCGUACGAUGGUGACGUGUAUGACGUCGAAAUAGCCGUAACAAAACCCAUGGUGACCUUCGACCUGGACAGCUUGGACAGCACCACCAUAUGACCGGCCGCCAACUCAGACCUACAUUUUUUUUUCUCACCAUUGAGGGACGCGAACAUUGAAGCGACGAGCGACAGACGCCGCAUCGUCUUGCGGGAACCGUUUCACCGAAGUGGAUCAUAGUGUCUUGACGCAGCAAGAUUACAGUUUUGACCGGCGAACAUCUGUUACACAUCACCCUUCCAUGUCGAUGCCAGCGAAGCCAACAGCAGUAGUAGUUGCCUCACUGAAAGAAAGCAAAAGAUAUCUGUUAGCUUCGCUCGCACGUGUUUCUAGCGUAGGCAGCAUUUUAUCUGCUGCAAAGUUCGAGCACCUUUUAGGUAUGCCACGUCAGCCGCUACCUCUUGGUAUCUGAGAAAGAAAGCAUCAAGCACGAAUAGCCAAGAACGUCAGCUACAUCACUCGUUUGACACCCGUGGUGAACAAUCAAGGACGGCGACGUUCGAAAACUCAAAGUAUCGCCAACUGCGAUCACUGCUUUCGUAAGAAAAAGACAUUGAUAGACACAGAAGUACCUGUACCCACAGUACAUGACAUGGUCUGUAGUAGCGGCGACACGAAGCGCAAGGCAACCGUUUUUUGAAAAUCUCGUAUGUGAAGUUUGAAGUGUUAUGACAUUGGAGCUGUAUCAUUUCUCUGAGAAGUGGAGCGAUGGGGCUUCGCGCAAGCGUGCAGCCCCACGAGUACGCAGCUACACGAGUCUUAGCACCUCGAGCACGCCGUUCCACGUCAGCUAAGCCAGUUGUGCAACGAUGCGUGUGAAACAACUCUGUAAGUUAAUAUAUAUAUAAUAUACGCAAGACCUCAGAUCUCGUCGACUCAGCUUGACCACGACGUCGCUAGAAUAAGACGCUCUAACGAAGAGCAUGGUGGGAAGAUGGGAGUGCAACAAGCUCCAUCUAUUACAGAUAUAUGUGCGUUCUAGGUGUAGAGAAUGCCGGUGAAUGAUGUGGUGGCCAAGGUGGUAUAAGAGUACACACCGACGGAUUGAGAAAUGAUCGAUCUGCCUGUGCGUCAGGAACUCGUAGUUUCGUUCCCCAAGACUUUAUGCAAGCGUAUUUUCAUAUUCUCGCGCCUACGAGGGAAGUUACACGUCAAAUGUGCCGGAUGUACAUACUGUUGACCAGUUCGCCUAAUUACUAAUAAAAUGGACGAGUACAGUGGUCUGCGGAAGUGCGUCGCGUGAAGCUGUGCUGUGAUCCAGAGCAAACGUGUAGCGUGCAGUGACGAGAUCUCCGUGAUGAUCCACCUGGAUGUGCCUAUAUACUGCGGACCUUUCGGUGUAUGUGCUAGAGGCCUUGGUCAGCGCUGACGUAACAGUGAGUCACGCGUAACAACAAACGUAGUACGUGUGCGCGCGGCGGUGCGUCGACGUGUGACGCGAGAACGCAACAAGUGUGUCAGUCCGUGAAGAAGAAUGUGGGAAUUCGGCGACACGAAACGAAACGUCAUUUUUGCGAGAGUGUGGACAACUUCUCUUAGGUUCACUUCCACGUUGGCAGGUGCGCGAAGUGAACUUCUACGUGACAUUUCGUGCGCGCGUGUAAUGUACAUGCUGUGAUGUGUGAAACUAUCUACAAAGUGGAACUGCCAAGUUUGGCUGAGACGCUUAAGAGUAUACACUUCUUGGUUUUCUUUUUUUUUUUUUUUGAGGCUGCGAUGCUGCCUAUGAACAACAUAGAACUUUCAGAGCUUCCCCAGUGCUUCUAAGCGCACGUUUCGCGUAGUUUUUAGUGAACAUGUUUAGCGCAUGUCCCCGCACGUUUGGUUUAACUAAACCGAACAUGCACUUGGGAUGUAUAUAUACACAAACAUUUGAAGAAGUGCUUUAAACUUGUACCGAACACACGAUGACGGGUUAGGAUCACAAACCGAACCUUUCAGGUUUCUUCAGGUAUAGUCUAGAUGCCCCUGUCAUCUCACACAAUGUUUUAGGGAUGUUACAUUUAUCAUAGCGCUGGGGUUGUGGCUUCUUCGACAAAUGCUGCAAAGUAUUUUGCUAUUGAUUUGUUAAAAGGAUGCCUCCAUGUACUCAUAUAUACAAAGGCUUGGGACUGGAGUCGACCGUUUGUCCUCUUUACAGUCACCCGAAGUCUUACAACUACGCCAUUUUGUUGCCACUUUAACAAUAUAUAGUGCGGCCCGGCUGUCACUGUGAAGCCUGUAACGCAAUCGGCCGUGCAGAAAUAUGGAGUGUUUUGUAUAUUCGGAGUGAUAUCGACUGAUCUACUCCUUAGUGACGAUGCCUCGACGCACCAGGCACUUAUAUCGCGGAAAUGUUCACGCGUGAUGAUAGGUUAUGUAAUAGGAAAUUGUUUUUCUAACUAUACACGCACAGUACGAACUCUGGUUAUAACGCAACGCCGGUCUCGCCUUAACCGUGGAUAUUGACUGCUUUGAUUAGGUGGGCUGAAUCGCACCACUUGUGCUGUUUUUCUUAUUCUUUUUUAUCAUGAUUCAAGCAUUAGAGUGCCCCCUGAGCCGGCACAGAACACACUAUACACAUGUACAUAAACAUCGUUUUUGUAUGUCUAUAUACUUCAACACAGUUUAUCAUUGCCACGGCUACGGUUAUAGGACAUCUUUUUUGUAGGAGUUUGUAUUAUACGAUACUGUUUUUUGGUAACCGUUGUAAAUACUUCGCUUUCCUAUAGAUCCUUAUGGUAAAACACAAAGGCGUAGGACAAAACAAUGAGGCGUUUUCGUGUACAUAGAGAUUUUUUUUUUGCUUUCUUCUCUUGUUGAUGCUGAUACGAAAGGCAACGCCCGUGUUAAUCCGUGUAUAGUUUCUGCUUUGUGUGCGUGUGUGUUAUGCCGUCUGUAGGAUUUGCGAGUGAAAGAAGUUGCCUAUUAUUGGAGACGGUAAGCCCGGUGCUUGCUGUAACGUUGCCUGAAUGCUAUCCCGGUGUACUAGAUAUGAUCAGGCUUAAUGAUUCAUGUUUGUAUGUCAUCGCCGACGCGCAUGCCAAAACAGGAGAAACAAACAGAACUUGCUACAGGAUCGAUGAAAAACGAAACCACACAUGGUGCUGACUGUUACGCGGCGGCCAAUUCAUGGGACAUAUUUAUUUACAUUUUUAUACGGUGUUACUAAAUACUGGACACGAAAUAUACCGGAAGCGAGAUAGCUGUAGAGUUUAAACACAACGGUCCUCACAAUUACGCGUAAUCAAGGAAGAACAACGUGCUGAAUUAAAGAACGGCCGCCGAUUCGGAAACAGCAGUGAAGCGAGCUGUGCACUAUCAGUCUGAGGAAUGCUGUUGAUAAACAAAACGCGAUGAAAAGUAAUGAGGACAACAUACAUUUAUUUGAUAGCAAAAUUUAACUUUUAACGAGUCUUACGUGUGAACGGCAAGCAACCCAAAAGAUAAGAGGUAGAGUUAGACUGAGACUGACAAUGGCAAAAGGCAAUGGCGGAUGAGUCACGAGGUUCGUGAAUGAUAAGCAAAUCUAGCCGUGUAGACGCGUAAUCUACUUGUCAGUUAAUAGAACGACGGCGUGCUGACGUACGUAGCAGCUACAUUUCAAUGGUAUUAUGCGCCUCCCAACUCUCACACACUUAAUUGUUGCUAUCAGAAUUUCUUGUAUUACAGGCAGAUGUAAUAUUUAGCUGAUAAGCUAUGAAAACAAAACUGUUGAUAAUCUCCAGAGGUGUUGAUUCGUCUUCCUGUGGUCCUGGAGGUAUGGCUACGGCACAGAAUCUUUUAGGAACAUUGCUCAAUCAACUAGCCAAACUUCGCGUCCAGGGGUUCAGAAAUUUGCCCAAAUACAGCGCGUGACAUAUCGAUUAGUUUAGCAGCUAGCUAGCAAGACAUGGUGGUCUAUCAAUUAGUUCAUAGCCUAUCAAUUGGAUUAGCAGCUAGCUAGCAAGACUUGGCGAUAGUACAUGGACGUACACAAAUAACAGGAUAAACGGACGCCUAGUGCUGCGUGUAAGACAUUGGUGAUGCAAGAAACAUUGAUAUGCAGCCAGCGUUUCGUCAAGCGAAAGUGUCUUCAUCACGGAAGUAACAUUGCGACAUUAACGUCCACGCAUAGGAAUGUGCGAAUGAUCAAUUAUUGAGACCGAAUUGAGCACUACUCAAAUAGUCCCAGAAGGAAAUCAGACCUCCGAAUAUUCAAAUACUUUCCGAAUAUUCGAGUCGUUUUUACAAAUAUAUGUUACACCGAGUUUUAGCUAUGCUUAUUUAUUAAGGAGUGCUCAACUGCUGCAGUACGUCUUUUAAAUCGUUUUAUUUAUUUUUAGUGUUUAAAUUCAAUUCGUCGAUUACGUUUGUUGUUACCCUGCUUGGUCUUCCUACCGCAGUACGUUUAAAAUUAAAAUAAAUUAGAAUUGAUGCUUACAUAUCAGAAGGCGUAUUCCCUAUUAAAAGCCCGUGUGGUACAUUAGUAACAAAUUAGUAGGCCGGGGGUUCCGCCGCGGUGGUACUGUGGCUGGGGUGCUCGCCUGCUGACCCGAAGUUCGUGGGUUCGACCCUGGCCGCGGCGGUCGCAUUUCGAUGGCAGCGAAAUUCUAGAAGCCCGUGUACUGUGCGAUGUCAGCGCACGUUAAAGAGACGGUCGAAAUUUCUGGAGCCCUACACUACGGCGUCCCUCAUAUGAAAUCACAUCGUGGUUUCGGAACGUUAAACCUCAACAAUUAAUUUAUUAUUAUAAAAUCCGAAUCGAUAUAAGAAGACUGUUUGAUUCGAUAUUUCGAAUUGAUGGAAUGUUCGCACAUCCCUAUCCGUGUACAUUUGCUGGUCGCCGCUGCUACCUGCAAACGGAAGGAACUGGAAAGGAAUUGGGCACUGUUUAUUCAUCUUGCAGAUAACAGCUGCCUACAGCGACACCACGCGACGUCAACCACUUAACCUUUUAAAGCUAACAGGCCAUGGAUGACAAAGAUCCUUUGACGGAAGAUAGAUCCACCAUCAAAAUGUGGGCCAGCCCGAUUGAGACCCCUUAUUCCUAUUUAUACAACUUCUAGUACACACUGUGUUUCCAUCUGUAGUCUCCCAUCAUUACAAUGGACAUCUAGUAUAAGAGAAUGAAGCAUGCAUUUUUUGUAAUUUUAGGUAGCCACAUAACCGAUUGAUGGCCUUAAUUUCGAUUUCUAAGUUAACUAUACAAUCUAUGAUAUAAGUAUUUCACGCAAAGGAAUGCGUGUUGGUUUCAUGUGCCAAAGCUUCUCACAGUUUUACAAAGUGCCGACGAUGUUCAGUGUUUUUUUUUUUAUGUUCUCUAAACACGCCUAUACGCCUGAAGUGCAGACAGACUACAAGGUUGCCAGCAAUUAAGUGCAAAGUUCAAGCGGGCGCGUCUAUAACAUGCCGGACAUUCGCUGGGCCUGAAAUCUUAACUGGGGUAGCAAACGAAAGAUUUUGUGUGAAGUGAGUGGUAUUGAGGGACAUUAUCGAAUAAUUCCACCGCGACAUUGUUGAAUUUCGCCAUCGUGUCCGAUAUGAUUGGGCAAGAGGCAGAUUGGGCCUAUCUGAUUGGCUUAACGAUGCCGCCAUUAUGGAAUUGAUACAACGUGGCAGAAUUAGACGACUUGCUGCUUAUACCGACUGCAUUUGAUUUCCGAGUCAUCGAUUCAACGCACAGAAAACUCGAAAUCGCACUCAGAGCAAAGCUCCAUCUGUGCAGCUUAUAACUUUCAAUCAUGGAACAGCGUUUACCCCCUGCAUCCACUUGCAGAGACCUAAGCUUUGCAUUUGUAGCGAUGAAGUGUCUCGGAACACAAGCUUUCUUGUACAGCUUCCGUUGUUCGUGAUGUUCAGUUAAGAGCUGUACGAAUGCGAGUACUGUUUAUUCGGGCACGUGUACAUGUAGAACGAUGUUUCGUGCCGCCAAGAUGAGGCAAAAGGAAACGGACAAAACUGUUUCCUGACUAGGCCUAUACAUCUCGGUUCAUAAAAGCGUGUUUCCCCGGUGCUAUGUACAAAUAACAAAAAACAACAAGAACGCAACGAAUAAUCCAGACUUAGAGGAAACGUAGUACCAGCCAACAAAGCCAGGCAACGUGACGCUACAAACGAUCUCAGACGAAAAAAAAAAAAGAAAAAGCCUUAUUGUUAUACGACGGUGUGGUUUGUGCUUGCCAGCGUGUUUGUGUGUGUGCGUCAUAUGCUAUUAUACAUAUAAGCCAGUAUAUAUAUAUAUACAUAGCGUUCUGCUUACACUUGUUGUGCCCUUUACCUUUAUUUCCCUGUAAAUAAAAGAUCAUUUUAAUCCUGUU